AACAGUAGUUUUAAAAAUGAGCAUUAUAACAGAAUAUGCUCAAGUCCCAUGAUGAUAACAUCAAAAUCAUAAAAGGUAUAAAUUCCAAGAAACUGGAUAGAAAAAGAAUAAGAAAUAGUUGGAACCAAAAUUGAGUGAACCACAAGCAAGAAAAAACAAAUAUCUUCAAGCUACAUCAAGAAAAUUUUUGAGCAAGUUUCUCCAUUGUUUCAAGGUGCCAUGGGAUGUGUUGGGUGUGAACCUGAUGGAGUUUGCACUCAUAACUUUAAGACUAUUUUGGAACAAGAAGGAAUUUUCCAUCUUUUAUCUGGUGAACAAGAGGUGUCACUUCCAUUUGGUGAAGGCAAGACACUUUGCUUAUUAUUCUCUGCAAACUGGAGUAGACCUUGUAAAGCUUUUAUACCACAACUUAUUCAAGCAUACGACGCCCUAAAAAAUACUGGCAGAGAUAUAGAGGUUAUAUUUGUAUCAUAUGAUCAAGAUGAAAAUGGAUAUAAAGAACACACUAAGGGUAUGCCGUGGCUUGUGGUUCCAUUUAAUGUCAAUUUACAAAAGAUACUUGGUAAGGUCUACAAAGUUAGUCAGAUCCCAUCAUUUAUCUCAUUGGAUGUUAGCCCAAAAUUGCUAGCAAAAGAUGUCGUCAGUCUGAUAAAGGAUUAUGGUGCGGAUGCAUUUCCCUUCACCAAAAACAGGCAAGAAGAGUUGAAGUCGUUAGAUGAAGCAAGUCGUGAAGGAGGGAAUUUGGAUAAACUUUUUGCAAGUGGCAGCGAAAACUCAUUUGUUUCAAGUAAAGGUGGAAAGAUAGGUGCUUCUGAACUUGUUGGCAAGACGAUUGGCUUAUACUUUGGUGCACAAUGGUGUCCACCUUGUCGGGAAUUCACAACCCAACUCAUUGAAGCAUACAAUGAUAUCAUCACCAAUAAAAAUCAAGAAUUUGAAGUCAUAUUUAUCUCAACUGACAGAGACCUAAAAGAGUUUGAACUCAACAUAAGCAAAAUGCCAUGGCUAGCUAUACCUUUUAACAGUAGAACAAGGCAAGACCUCUCAAGAAUAUUUGAAGUCAAAUGGAUUCCGAGUUUGAUAUUGAUAGGACCGAGUGGGAAAACAAUUAGCACAAAUGGACGAGAAAUAGUUUCAUUAUAUGGUGCAAGAGGCUUUCCAUUUACUAAAGCAAAAAUCUUGGAGAUAGAAACGUCUUUAGUGAAGGAAAAAGAUGGAUUGCCACAAGAAAUUAUGGAUUGUAAGCAUGAACACAUUCUUAAACUAGACAUGGCAAAAGCAUACAUAUGUGAUUUCUGCAAGAAACAUGGGACGUUUUGGGCUUAUUCUUGUGACGUUUGUGGCUAUGACCUUCACCCAACAUGCAUCAAAGCAAGUAUUUUAAAAGAUUAGACUGUACAAUAAGUUAUCAGCAAUAUGCACUUAAUUCUUAUUUCAAAACGUGUUAUAUGUUCGAAUGCA